AUGGGUAUUUGGUACCAUUUAAUCGUUGAGCUUGAGACUAAAGACCAAGUAGCGGAGGUAUACCAAUUUUGGACCGGUGACCGUUGCGAGAGCACAAGAAUAGAUUCGAAACGUGUUUCGAAAGCUGAUCAAACGACCAAUCAAGACUGGAGGCUCGGAGCAGUGGUGCUUGAAAGCGUGCCAAUGAGUGGUGAUACCACUGGGCUGGUUGAGGCCAAUUUUGAAGGUGCAGGCAUUAUUCAUCUUUUUAGAUCGGGACAAUCGGCAAACAGGGCUGAAUCGCAAGAUGAGACAUUGGCAAGGGUUCCUGGGGGCGACACGACCGUUGGAAUCUUGUUUGUGCCUAGCUAUCUCACGUCGCGCGACAUGCUGUUCUCCUUUUUGGGCGAGGAAGUGUUGAAUCAAGCGUCCCAUUUCCGUAUCGUGCGCAGUAGCGAACACUUUCUGGUAUUAGUCAAGUUUCGGACCCCAGACUUUGCCCAGCAAUUCAGAGAGGACUUCGACGGUCGGAACUUUAAUAAAAUAGACCCGGGGACCUGUCACGUCGUUCAAAUUCUGGAAAUCCGUUUCCAAGACCGGCUUUUCCCGUCAUCGCGAACCAAAAGCUCCGCAUUUCCUAUGAUGGAUCCUUUCACCUCACACGACUACCAAAAAGACGUAGAACUGCCGACAUGUCCCGUGUGUCUGGAAAGACUGGACUCAGAUGUCACAGGUUUGGCUACCAUUCCUUGCCAGCACACGUUUCAUUGUCAUUGCCUGAACAAAUGGAAAGACAGCCGGUGUCCAGUUUGCCGAUAUUCAGAACUCAAGGUAAGCAAAAAGUCGCUAGUGCGCGAAACUGCGCGUUGCAGCUCAUGUGGGUCCAACGAAAACCUCUGGAUUUGCGUCAUAUGCGGCAAUAUAGGCUGUGGACGCUAUAACUACAAACAUGCAGUGCAGCAUUUUACGGAUACGGGCCAUUUUUUCGCCAUGGAGAUGGCAACACAGCGUGUUUGGGACUAUGCGGGGGAUAACUACGUGCAUAGGCUAGUUCAGAACGAAGAAGAUGGGAAAUUGGUCGAGGUGGGUUCUUCUUCGUCUCUAGACUCCGGGAUGAAGCGCGACAAACAAUACCAUUUGGAGUAUGUGCAAGUUCUGCUGUCACAAUUGGAAUCACAGCGGGACUACUACGAAAAUAAGCUGCUUCACAUGUCUAGUGAAGCUAAUAUCGAGCGUCCUUCUGAGCGCGAGCUGGCCACGAUGCGGGACCUCCAGCAACAGAUUCAAGAUCUCAAAUUAAACGCGGCCCAGUCCCGCAGCAAGGCUGAGCAGUGCAUAGCCCAGAUGCAGAAACAGAUGCAAGAAGAGAAAACGAUGUCGGAGGCAUUACAAUCCAAUCUGGAACAUCUCGCCAAGAAACAAACAGAAUUACAAGAAAAGCUGGAGCAGAACGCCGCAGAGAAACAAGAGUUGCAAGAGCAGGUAAGGGACCUGAUGUUUUUUCUGGAGUCCAAAGAGAAAUUCAAGGACGCAGAUGAGGAUAUCAAACAAGGAACUGUUACGGUAAAACCUGUUACAGUAAAACCGAAGAAAACUCCGAAAAAGCGCAAGUAA